AUGGGGUCGGAGCAGAAUAGAUUCCCUCAGCAGCAGCAGCAGCAGCAGCAACAGCAGCAGGAACAGCGCAAGAGAUGGGGAGGAUGCUGGGGGGCAUUGUCUUGUUUCAAUGUGAAUAAACGUGGAACGCGUAUUGUCCCUGCAUCUCGUAUUCCCGAGGGCAAUGCAUCAGCAGCCCAGCCAAAUGGACCUCAACCUGUUGGCCUACCCAAUCAAGCUACAGCACUAGCUCCAUCACUUCUAGCUCCCCCAUCUUCACCUGCCUCAUUCACAAACUCUGCUCUUCCAUCAACUGCUCAGUCUCCUAGUUGCUUCCUUUCUUUAUCUGCCAACUCGCCCGGGGGUCCUUCAUCCACAAUGUAUGCCACUGGACCUUAUGCGCACGAAACCCAACUGGUUUCUCCUCCUGUUUUCUCAACCUUCACCACAGAGCCAUCUACUGCUCCUCUUACACCCCCACCAGAGUUGGCUCACUUAACUACACCCUCUUCGCCAGAUGUUCCUUUUGCUCAAUUCCUCACGUCAUCUAGGGAUCUAAAAACUGCCGAAAAGAACAAUUACAUUGUUGCAUCUGAUCUUCAAGCAACAUAUUCACUCUAUCCUGGAAGUCCUGCCAGCAGUCUCAAAUCACCAAUUUCUAGGACUUCAGGUGACUGUUUAUCAUCAUCUUUUCCUGAACGAGAUUUCCCUCCACAGUGGGAUCCAUCAGUUUCUCCCCAAAAUGGAAAAUAUUCAAGGAGUGGAUCUGGCAGGCUUUUUGGGCAUGAGACUACUGGUGCCUCCAUGGUGUCGCAAGAUUCAAAUUUCUUCUGUCCUGCUACGUUUGCACAAUUUUAUCUGGACCAUAAUCCACCAUUUCCUAAUACUGGUGGGAGAUUAAGUGUUUCCAAGGAUUCAGAUGUUUAUCCUGCUGGUGCGAAUGGACACCAGAACAGGCAUAAUAAAAGUCCCAAGCAAGAUGCUGAAGAAUUAGAAGCAUACAGAGCAUCCUUUGGGUUCAGUGCUGAUGAGAUUAUCACUACUCCUCAAUAUGUAGAGAUUUCUGAUGUAAUGGACAACUCAUUUAGCAUGAAUCUUUUUACUUCAACUAAAUCUACCUUGGAAGAAAGUAUGGAAGCAUCAUCACCAAAUGAGGGCCAAAAAGCACAUGGAAACUUGCCAAAACAGAACAGCCUUAAAUUGAAAUCAGAUCUUGCUGGUGGGGGAUGCUGUGAAGUGUCUUUCUCAUGUGAUAGAUAUGAAGACCCUAAAUCAAGAUGGCAAACUGGGAAUAUUUCUGGAUCAAGUACUCCCGGUAAUCAUGAUGAAGACAUAUUCUCAAAGAUGGCAUCAUCCAAAAUCAGCAGGAAAUAUCAUUUGGGAUUGUCGAGCUCUGAUGCAGAAAUUGACUACAGGAGGGGAAGAAGCUUAAGAGAAGGCAAAGGAGAUUUCGCAUGGCAUAACUAG